UUAAUGUAUUUCGUAUAAAAAUUUAUGAACAAACAUGAUAAAUGUAGAACAAAUGUGUGUGUGAUUGUUGAGAUUGUGCGUGAUUUAAAGAACAAUAAACAUGAACAAAGAUCAAAUCGACCUAACUUAACUUUCAUUAACCAAUUAGCCAAUUAGUGGAAAAUAUUAUUAAUUUAUUUACUUUUAUUGUAUCUAUGAAGCAUUUUCUUUGCCUAGCAGGCAGACGAGGUAGUCAAUUCGGUUUUCCUUCCUUUGAGUGAGUGGGUCAUUCAAAUGCUGAACUUCUUAAGGCAGAGCAGAAAAUUCCUCAAUGCAAAGGAACACUGCUGUAUUGUGCUGGGCAAUGAAUCUUGUGACCUUGACUCGGCGGUAUCGGCUGUUAGCUUGGCCUAUUUCUAUCACAAAAGUAAAUUGGCACCAAAGAGUUGCAGGAAUGGCUGUAACUUCCUACCCAUUUUAAAUAUACCCCGUCGAGAUUAUCCACUCAAAACGGAGGUACAUUAUCUUUUCAAACAAUACAACAUUGGCGAUGACUUACUUACCUUUCGCGAUGAAUUGACAGAGGAAUUUAUGAAGGAGAACAAUUUGGUUCUUGUGGAUCAUCAUGUCAGCCCCGUGUUGAAGAAUGCUGUGGCGAUUUAUGAUCAUCGUCCCAAAGAUGCAAUGGCAAAUUUUCCUGAAAAUUGUGAUAUCAAUAUACAAAUAGUUGGGUCCUGUGCCUCGCUUAUAGCCGAAUUAUUUAUACAAAACAAUAUACUUGGAGGCGAAGAACAAAUGGCUUUGGAAUUGUUACGUAGUGCAAUUGUUUUGGAUACAGUGAAUUUUUCCGAAGAGGCGGCCAGAGCCACCCCAAAAGAUGUGGACAUUUGUUCGAAAUUGGAAAGUACUCUAGAAAUCUUAAAUCCUUCUUUGCUGCCGAGAGCUGACCUAUUUAAUAAUCUGGUCAAGGCCCGUUCCGAUGUUAGCGCCUUGACACCGGCCCAACUUUUGAGAAAAGACCUUAAAAUCAUAACAAGCAAAAAAGAUGGAAAUCUUAAAAUAGCCUUGCCAGGAUUUCCUCUACCCGUCCAAGAAUUUAUCAUGAAAUCAAAUGCCAGCCAAUACGUUCAACAAUUUGCCGAGGAAAAUUCCUGUCAAAUAAUUCUGCUUAUGGGCAUGUACGUUAAACCGGAGGAUAAUAGUGUCCAUCGUGAUUUGGGUUUAAUAAAUAUUGAAAAUGCCACACUUUUUGUUGAUAUAAAAGAAAAACUCGAACAUUCAGAAGAACCGAAAUUGUUGCUGAAGCUGCAUGAGGAUUGCAAAUUUAUGAGUGGUGUAUUUUAUAAGCAGGAUAACAUUAAGGCCACUAGAAAACAUAUUUUACCAAUUGUAAAAGUAUUUAGAUAAUUUUGAAAAUUAAAA